AUGGUGCUUCGGUGGCUGCCAGGUUUCCGGUCCCCGGUUCAGGCCCCGGCUUCUGGGCCUCAAGCAUCAGCAACCGCGUCAUCCAAACUGCCUACGUCUGGCUCAAAUAAGACCGUCGCCGGACUUGACCCGAAUGCCGACGACGACACCAUCACCAUCUCGCCCCGGCCGCCCCGCUCCCUCAUGAGCCUGCCACCGGAGCUCCACAUCCAGAUCGCCAAGCAGCUCAUCUACCCAGAUGCCCUGUCGCUCAAGCACUCUUCCCGCUACUUUUACAACUUUGUCGACACCGGCAUCGAGCUCAAGGUCAGCUGGCUCAUGUCCCGCCGUCUCCUGCACCUCGACUGCCCCAACGACACCCGCUGUGAUUUCCGCAGCGACCUCCGUUUCUGCCGCGGCAGUGUUCCACUCCUUAUGAAGCGCCGUCGUGAGCACAUAGAGUGCGAGAGCCGUCCCGACCUCGGCUGCCUCAUCUACAAUACCAAAACCUGUGUCCACCGCCGCCCGCCUCGUCUACUGCACCGCUGGUUCCGCCGGCGCCUCACUGUCGAGAUGUGGUGGAUUGUUCUUGCCCUGAUACCACUCGCACUCUCUUGGCUCUGGUUUGCCGAACUUUUGUUCUUUUUAUGA